AUGGAGAAUUUGACAGGAAAGAUUAUAUUUAUUUUUACUGGAUAUAAUAAGAAUAUGGAGAGCUUCUCUGCCUAUAAUCUUAGAAUCCCCAGCAGGUUCCCUAUUAAACUGCAGUUCCAGGACUAUUCAGAUGAGGAACUGCGUACCAUUCUCCAUCAUCACAUGAACAAGAAGUAUAAGGGACGAAUAAGGGUGGACAAUAGACCGGAUGGACUGUACAUGCGCAUUAUCGCACGGCGUGUCGGUCGCGGCCGCGGUCGUGAAGGGUUUGGGAACACCUGUACUGUCUACAAUGUUUUCGCGCGUAUCACAGAGCGUCAGGCAAGACAACUGCAGCAAGAACGGAGAUCAAAAAAGCUCACUAAUAAUCUCCUUCUAACGAAGGAAGAUCUUCUCAGUCCAGACCCGCGUACAGUACUUAAGAAGAAUGCUACUUAG